AUGUCCUCGGCGGGUCUCCAGCUCCUAGCUUUCAUCCUGGCCUUGUCUGGGGUCUCUGGGGUGCUCACAGCCACACUGCUGCCCAGCUGGAAGGUGCACGUGGACACGGGUUCCAGCAUCAUCACGGCCAUCGUGCAGGUGCACGGGCUCUGGAUGGACUGCACGUGGUACAGCACCGGGAUGUUCAGCUGCACCUUGAAACGCUCCAUUCUGUCCCUCCCCAUCCACGUGCAGGCUGCGAGGGCCACCAUGGUCCUAGCAUGUGUGCUAUCUGCUUUGGGGAUAUGCACUUCCACAGUGGGAAUGAAAUGCACUCGCUUAGGUGGGGACAGAGAUACCAAGAGCCAUGCUUCCUUUGCUGGAGGGGUCUGUUUCAUGUCUGCAGGAAUCUCCAGCUUGAUCCCAACAGUGUGGUACACAAAGGAGAGCAUAGCAAACUUUGUGGAUCUCACAGUUCCUGAGAGCAACAAACACGAACCCGGAGGAGCCGUCUACAUAGGGUUUGUUUCUGCCCUGCUGCUGUUUAUCUCAGGCAUGAUUUUCUGUACUUCCUGUGCAAAAAAGAGUCCAGAAGCUUGGCCCUACCCAGCUGGGCAGGAGCACAUCUCUCCCACACAGCUAGAGAACAGCGCUGAGUACAACCUGAAGGAUUAUGUGUAA